AUGCGACGAUACUACAACCCCAUCCGAGCGGCGGCCUCUCUCAUCCGUUCAGAUGCACGCCUACCUCCGAGAUCACAGUUCCGCGCCUUCACAACCACACGUGCCCUCCAUCGCAGCCAUGACGGCGCAGGCGCCCAGGACCACUACGCCACGCUCAAGGUAGCACCCAAUGCUUCGCCCUCUGAGAUCAAAAAACCGCCCUCACGCGACAACACGCAACUAAGUCUCGUCCCACCUCCUCCCAGAUCCUUCUAUGCCCUCUCCAAAGCCCACCACCCCGACCACAACCCGAACGACCCAACGGCGACGACCAAAUUCCACGCCAUCUCCGAAGCCUACGCGACGCUCGGCACGCCCGCCAAGCGCGCCGUCUACGACCGCGACCACGCCCGCCACAACCACCACGCCCACGCGCACCACGGGCACGGGCACGGCGGCGCCCAGCCCCGCGGCUCCUAUCGCUCGGCCGGCGGCCGCCCGGCCUCGGGCCUCUCGCGCCGGCGAUCCGCCUUUCGCGGCCCGCCACCGAGCUUCUACCGCAGCGGCGGCUGGGGCGCGCAGUCGGAGAAGCGGCAGGCGGCGCACGACGACAGCACGGGCGGCACGGGCGCGACGCCCCACGGCACGCGACCGCCGCCGCCGCCUGGUGCCGGCAGGCCGAGCGAGGCGGGAAUGGGGCCGGGACAGGACCCUUACGGACACAGGCGGGAGGCGCAGGUCUCGCACUUUGACCGCGAGGGCCACACGCGCACGCAGAGCGCGCAGGACAGUCGGAGGCGCACGCGUAUGGAGGGGCAGGGCGUCAUGCCGAGUGGGUCGGGUGACUCGGCUGUCGGCUUGUUCUUUGCCAUCAGCGGCAUCUUGUUCCUGACGUUUUUCCUGCCGUACGUCUUCUUUGGAGGCUUGACGCAGGGCCGUCGGCGGAAGAAGGACGUUGAGAAGUCGAAGAGCAAGGCAGCGUAG